AUGAUUUCUCAACCGUUACCACCACCAACACAACAACAACAACAACAACAACAGCAACCACAGCAACAUUCUCGUUCAUCCAAUAGUGAUGAUGAUUCUGGUUGUGCUCUAGAAGAAUAUGCAUGGUGUCCGCCAGGUCUUAAGGCAGAACAGGUUCGACAAUUUUUCAAAUGUUUUCCAGAAGAUAAAGUACCAUUUCUCAAUUCAAUUGGUGAAAAAUAUCGAGCAAGACUACUUGAAACACAACUACCACCACAAGAUUCUGAUCCAAAAUAUUGUCGUGCAUUAACUGAAGAUGAAAAAAAUGAAUUAAGAACAUUUAAUGAACAACAACGUCAUAAUGCAUUUGGUCGUGGCGUUGCUAAACAAUUGCUAUUGACACAGUCUCCUUUACCAUGUCGUGCAUGUCAAAACUUGAUUGAUUCAGGUUCAAUAUGUGUUUAUGCGGAACGCGCUGGACGCACUGGCUUUUGGCAUCCACAAUGUUUUACGUGUAUACAAUGCAAAGAAUUUCUUGUCAAUUUAAUCUAUUUUCACAAAGACGGCUUUCUUUAUUGUGGUAGACAUCAUGCUGAAUUAUAUAAACCACGAUGUACAGCAUGUGAUGAAAUUAUCUUCAGUGAUGAAUGUACCGAAGCUGAAGGUUAUAGUUGGCAUAUGGAUCAUUUUUCUUGUUCCAAUUGUACAAAACGUUUGGGCGGUGAACGUUAUGUUAUGCGACAAAAUCAACCAUUUUGUUUAAGCUGUUUUGAAACUAUGUAUGCAGAAUAUUGUGAUACAUGCGGUGAACGUAUUGAAACUGAUCAAGCACAAAUGGCACAUGAAUCUCAACAUUGGCAUGCAACAGAUGCUUGUUUUUACUGUUAUACAUGUCGUAUACCACUUCUUAAUCGUGCUUUUUUUCCUCGCUAUGGUGCACUCUUUUGUUCAAAUGAAUGUGCAUUGAAACGCAACAAUCGUUUUAAUAAUAAGAAAUUUAUUCAACAACAAAAAUUUGAUAAAGGUCCCGAUAUAAUACCAACAACAUAUAAGAAUACAACUCAACAACAUGUUAAAGUUGUUUCUGGACGUCCCAAGAGUUAUUAUCAACAACAACAACAACAGCAACCAAACAUUCGUGCACCAUCUAGUCGACCAAAAGAUCAAGGCGGUUAUACUUCUGAUGGAGCUUAUAUUAAUAAAUAUAAACGUGAUUAUAAUAAUGGUUAUUCAUCUGACGGUACUGGUACACGACGAUUUAAAAAUAUUCAUCAACAAUAUCAAACAAAUUCAACUUAUGUAAAAGAUAAACCACAAGUAUUCUUACAACUACAAUCAUCCCCUGAGUCAAUAUUAAAAAAUCGUCAGCAAGAAAAAAUGAAUUCAUCAAAAGUUCGUUCAAGGGAACCAAUACAAUUUUACAAUGAUCUAAAUCUUGAGCAACUCGAUCGCCAUGGUGCCACACUUGAAAUAGCUCGUUGUUCAACUUCGAAAUCGUCACGUUCAUCGUUACCUGACUUAAGUAAUAAAACCACUCGAAUUAAUUCAAAUAAGUCCAAUCAUUCAAUCCUAUCUCAAGAGACUUUAAUUGAUUCGUCAUCAACGAGUAAAACUCGUUUGAAAAAUUUUGAUUCCAAUGAAAUAAUGUAUCCAAUAUCACGACCAAAAUCAGUUGCCUUUUCAACAGUAGCAACGCAAUUUCCACGUUCACGCUCAUUGAAUGGCUCGGGACGUUUUACUAAGCAACAUCAUGUUCGCUUUGUUGAUGAUGAGAAAGAAAAACGAAUUGAACCAACCUCAGUGAAAACGAAUCGAUCAAAAAAAUAUCAUUCGUCAUCUUCAUCAUCAUCAUCAUCAUCGUCGGAAUCAGAUGAUGAUGAUCUAGACUCGAUUUAUUGUCAAUAUGAUAUUCAUGGAAAUCGAAUAAAGAAGCCAAUUAAUGUGGCAAAAAAAAUUAGCUAUAUCGACGAUUUCGAAUUCGGAAAGAAUACAGUUAAUCCUGUACUAAUGAAAAAGCCGACUACACCAAGUAAGAAAAAUAAAAAAUCAAAUAGUGGACAAAGAAAGAGAGAUUGUAUUAUUAGUUAA